AUGCAGCAGCUGCAGGACAUCGCCCGCCUCAGCGACCGCUUCAUCUCCGUGGAGCUGGUGGACGAGAGCCUCUUCGACUGGAACGUGAAGCUGCACCAAGUGGACAAGGACUCGGUGCUGUGGCAGGACAUGAAGGAGACCAACACGGAGUACAUCCUGCUCAACCUCACCUUCCCCGACAACUUCCCCUUCUCGCCGCCCUUCAUGCGGGUGCUCAGCCCGCGCCUGGAGAACGGCUACGUGCUGGACGGCGGGGUGGUGUGCGCAAGCGAAUGGCUGUUGGUCUGGCGUGUGGAAAACUUCAGCUGUGCCUUGCAGGCGCGCGGUCGUGUGUUUAAUGCAGGUUUUCUCUUCUCUUCGGCGCAGGGCCGUAUCUGCAGGAAAGCUGGCAAGUCAAAAAAGUCCUUCAGCCGUAAGGAAGCUGAAGCCACGUUUAAGAGUUUGGUGAAGACCCAUGAAAAGUACGGGUGGGUCACCCCGCCCGUCUCCGACGGCUGA